AUCAGUUGGUUAGCUCAGAGUUUUCUUUUUCGUGUUUGACUGGAAGAAAAAUGGAGAAACUGAGACCAGCGUGGGCCGUUAAGGCGAUCAUCGUGAUCGUCUUCACUUCGAUCCUCUUCCGAUGCGUCUGCGGCGAGAACCACACCGUCGGUGGAGCUUCCGGCUGGGAUCUCGGUUCCAAUAUCCAAGCCUGGUCUUCUACGACAACGUUUAACGUUGGUGACGAUCUCGUGUUCUCAUACACGGCGGCGCACGACGUGAUGGAAGUGAACCAACUAGAUUACGACACGUGUAAGAUAGCCAACGCUCUGGCAACGUACGAUAACGGAGAGACCGUGAUCCACCUGAGCGACGCCAAAACGCGCUACUUCGUAUGCGGCCGAAUGGGCCAUUGCCAACAGGGCCUUAAACUACAAGUCCAAAUUUUAGCCCAGUCCAAUAACGGAACCAGCAAUGAUCAAAACCAAAGCCCCGGCGGUUCUCCUCCGUCUACUUCUCCUCCUCCUCCGCCGCCGCCGCCGCAGGAUGAUGAACAGCCACCUGCAGACGAGCCCGUGCCGUGCGAUUGUUCCCGUGCGGAGGAGCGCCAUGGGGUGGUGCCGUUGAUUACGCUCGUAAUCGUGCUCGCGUUCGCUCGUACCCCUUUCUUCAUCGCAUUUCCACAUCUCCGUUUUCAUAACAUCCGUUGAGCUUUGCUAGCUAGCUUGCUGCAGCAUUUGUUUUUACCUUUCUUGCGUUUCGGCUUUCACCUCGCACUAUUGCUCAGUGUGCAUAUAUGAAUGCGAUGAUUCGGGUUAGUGAAUUGUUGUUCUGUGUGUAUUUUCAAUAUUGAAUAAACGAGUUUGCUUGCUCUCUCGCUAUGCCAUGUACAUAUAGGCGAAUUUGUUUGCAGAGACGAAAGGUAUGUACUUUGCUUUCUUGUAAUCGCCCUGCACAGUGCAAACUCGAUGUGAGUAUUUUCUCUGCGGUUUAUAUCUCCUUUUUUCAAUUGGUUAAUGUCGUGUGAAUAAUAAAAUGAGAAAAUGAGAAAGUUAUCUGCUUUAAUUUUUAGAGUGUAUGUUUACGGAGUAUA